AUGGAUGACCGCUACACCUUCCAGGCAAGUCAAGCGUCCAACAACAGUCACAUGAACGACAGUAGUAGCUACCGAGUUCCGCCACCAACUGUGUACCCCGUACAACCAUUUCGGCCGCCUAUGAUAUCAAUGUCUCCGACAAACAUCCCCCCACAGCAGGUAGUGUUCAGGGACAACUACACUGCACUGACCUACACCAGGGACCAAAUGGUCCAGUACAUCUGGAGGCGGGAUCUACAGAAUGGGAAGCUUGUGAUACGACAGGCUAAGGGACUGUUAAAUCCCGGCAGUUACACGGAUCUGACCACUGGUACAAAAUAUACACACCAGCAGAUGAUCGAUUUGACGGGGAAGAUACUAGCGGAACAUCUUUCCAGGUCGAAGCCUCAAGUCAAUCAAGUCCAGCCAUUCCAGGCCGUGCAAGGACAACAGAUGCAGUCCUCGAUGCAACCAAGUCCCGUUGGAUACCCUCCACGUGGGUACACAGAUGGACAAGCGAUUCAGUCGCAACAAAGACAAGAGAUACUGGACCAACAGUUCGUAGAGCAACAGGCGCGGAUGACACAGCAAUCGCUACCACAGCAACAAUUGUAUCCACCUACGCAGCCAUCGUCGCAUGUGUCAAAUGCAGGACAGUCCACUUUUAUCGAUAAGUUUGGUCGCCAGUGGAGCAGAGCACAGUAUGAGGAACUUGUUCGGCGCCAAUAUGUACAGAAGGCACAAGCAUCGGCAGCAAUGAGUUCUGGACUGGCGCCACAGUUCCAGCAAUCCCCACAGACAUCGUCGCCCAUGAUGAUGAACUCAAAUAACUCUUGGUAUGCGAAUGAUAUGUACAAUAAAGUGGUGCCCCAAAAGCACUCGAAUCUACUUCAGCGCCAGACAGGCAACAUAGGACCACCUCCAGUACCUGCAAACUCAGGAGCUCAACAGCAACGCUCGUAUAUGCCGCCGCCGGUGACUAAGAGUUCACAAAAGCCUCCAACCACGGACCAGUCUGGUCGACAAUGGACACAAGAGCAGUGGGAAAAGGUCGAGAAAGGUCGAGAGUCUAAGAAGAUCCUCAUUCCAUCUAGUCAGGCAACAAAAGCUUCUGUCCCAGGAAACCCUACUACGCAGCAAGCAGUAUACAAGCAGAGCUUGAGCAAGAUCCAAAAGCAGCCUUCCCGCCAGCCAGCAUCCAGCGUAGCGCAGCCUAAGAGGCCGUCAUUCAUGCAGUCUGCCAAGCAAGCAGUGCCUCGCGAAGUGAAAGUGACUGGCAAAGACGUAACAAACGAAUCCCUCAACUUCACCUCCAACUCAACCAGCCUCGCCCCAGUCCCUCAAAGCAAUCAACCAGACCAAGUCUCAAUGUCCAAACAGCCCAACAUUGCUUCCAACACCGCACCUGCACCAAACUCACCCCCCGUCUCCACCCAACCCACCACCAUCAGCCAAUGGGACGUAGAAAACGGCCGCCACAUCUACGACUCGAUGACUUUGUUCGUCUCUUCGCGCCAAGAAGCUUACCAUGAAGGCCUCGCGAAACUCAAGGCUGCCACCGCCACUGUCAACACCGCUAGCAGUACAGCUGCCAGCAAUGCUGUUAACAACACUACUACCAACGCUGUCAACCGCACCGUCGACAACCCCACUGCCAACAUUGCCCAUUCUACCAACAAAUAUGCACCCCUUUCCUUCCCUCACUUCGACCCCUCCAUCUUCGCCACAGUCAAACACCCCCAGUACACUGGCUUCAACGACUUCUCCGAGCUCAACGACGACGUAUUGGCCGAGGUGAACAAUCAAGUGUUGCUAAAGAAAAUUUGUACGGUAGAUCCGGAUGGUGCGCUCCGAGCGCCAGAGCCGAGGUGGGUGAGUGAGGAGAGGGCGAAGUUGGAGUGGGAGAUUCGUAUGGUUUCGGGGAAGUAUGCUUGAGGUAUAAGCGGGGGAGGUUGGAUGAUUUAAGGUUUUCCUUUGUUUAUGACUUUUUUUUUGUUUUGUUCUAGGGUAUAUGGCUGGGAAGUUUCUUCUCUUUCUUUCUUUCUGUCUUUUUUCUUAUUUUAUUCUGGGAUCUGGGCUAUGUUCCGCUAACGGUUCUGGCGCCCGGGACUCUCUGGAAUCUAGAGGAUUUCCUCUGGGUCGAUCUUUUCUUUCUUUCUUUUGUUCUUAGUAUUAGGGCUUUAUGGGAGAUUUCUAAUGGAUGGGCUUGGGUUUGAACUGGGCGUUUGGGCGUUCCUUUUCCUUUUACUACAGAUAUUGCUGGCCUCGUCGGCUUCGGAUUUGCGCGGACGAGAUGAAGUACAUAUAGUUAUUU